AUGCCACAGAGUGAAACAUUUCAUCGCGCUGUGUCCAAAGUGCUUUUCAUUUCCCAAAUCUUUGCAUUGUUUCCCGUAAGUAAUAUGGAAGCUCGUCAUGUGCAGGAUCUGCGUUUUCGUUGGCUUAGUGCCCGCACCUUCUACUCGGGCUUUAUAAUGGUUUUAAUUGUCUGUGAAUUCGGAGUCGCGUUGAAUUAUGUGAGCAAAGUGGCUAUAACUUUUCAAAAUGCAUACGUCCUGUUGGUCUUUGUUGUAUGCCUUUUGAUGCAUAUAUUUUUCUGGCGAUUGGCCAUCAGUUGGCCAAAAAUAAUGAGCAGCUGGCAGCGUGUUGAUGAGCUCUUUCUUAAGGUGCCUUAUCGAUACUACAACGAAUACAAAAUGAAGUGGCGCAUCAAUGUGGUGUUUAGCUUCGUCAUGAUCUCAGCUUUGGUGGAGCAUUUUUUGCUUCACAUCAUCUCGUUCCAUUUCAGCAAUAUGGAGCGAACGCAGUGCAAGAUAAAUGAGAGCUUCUUCGAGAGCAUCUACAAAUUGGAAAGACCACAUCUGCAUAUGGUGCUGCCCUACCAUGCCUGGUUGUUGCCUUUUCUUGAGUGGAUCAGCUUGGUAAUUGUUUAUCCUCGGUCCUUCACGGACUGCUUCAUCAUGUUUGUGGGCAUUGGCCUGGCUAAGCUUCAUGGCCGCAUUGCUGCCGUUCAUUUGAAAGCCAUGCCUGCUAUAUUUUGGACCGAGGUUCGUCAACAUUAUUUGGAGCUUAAGCGUCUGGUGCGGCUUGUGAAUGCAGCCAUUGCUCCCUUGGUGCUACUCGCAUUUGGAAAAAACAUGUUCUUUAUAUGCUUUCAGCUCUUCAACAGUUUUACAAACAUUGGCGUUGACUUUAUUUUGCUGCUGGCCUUCUGGUAUUCCUUGACCUUUGUUGUCUUGCGUACCAUGCUUACUAUUUUCAUUGCCUCGUCCAUUACUGUUUUUGAAAAGAAAAUAAGUACAGCCUUGCGGGAUGUGCCGUCAAGGUCUUGGUCCACUGAGGUUCAACGCUUUAGCGAGCAACUGGGAAACGACAUGACGGCUUUAUCGGGCGAAGACUUUUUCUUUAUUAGGCGUCAGCUUUUUUUGGCCAUGGCCACUACCAUAAUAACUUACGAACUUAUGAUAUCCGAUGUAAUUAAUAAGGGCGCCAUCCGACAAAGGACAAGCUAUUGUAAGGAUAACUUUCUGUUCCUGGCCCAAUUCUUUGGCGUGAUGCCCGUAUCUGGCGUUUUAUCCAAGAAGGGCUCGGAUGAUGUGCGCUUUCGUUGGUUCUCAUUGUCGCUGCUUGUGAGCGUAGGGCUUCUGAUUUUCACAAUAUUCGACUGUGUACUCUCCUCGCAGGUGGUAUUAAAUGAUGGACUCAAAAUUUAUACCAUAGGUCCGCUUACUUUUAGCACAAUCUGCAUUGCCUGUUUUGGGGUCUUUCUGAUGAUCUCACGGCAAUGGCCUCUCAUAAUCCAAAAAACCUCGAGCUGUGAGCUCGUCUUCGUGCAAAAAUGUUAUGCCAAUCAGUUGGGUAUGAGCUUCAGUGGAAGGAUCCGUCUUUGGGGCGUUGUGUUGCUCAUUCUGGCGUUUGGCGAGCAUCUCACUUAUUUCACAAGUGCAGUUUAUAACAAUCAGCGACAAAUACAGGAAUGCAAUCUGACUGUGGACUUUUGGAAGAACUUUUAUAUGCGUGAGCGUCCGGAACUGUUAACGGUAUUCUCAUUUACAAAGUGGCUUAUUCCGUUGAUCACUUGGACUACGCUCUCUAUGACUUUCGUCUGGAAUUUUCCGGACAUCUUUCUCGUUCUGGUUUGUCGUGCCACUGAGAUACGAUUCCAGCAACUCCAUUGGCGCAUCAAGAAUCAUGUGGGCGAGAGAAUGCCGAAUUCAUUUUGGCAAAAUGUGCGUCUCGACCUCCUCAAUCUUAGUGAUUUGCUCAAGCUAUACGAUAAGGAGCUUUCCAGCCUGGUAUUGUUAUCCAGUACCCACAACAUGUAUUUCCUGUGCGUGCAAAUCUAUCACAGCUUUCAAAUCAAAGGAACUUGGGUGGACUCUUUAUAUUUUUGGUUCUCAUUAUUCCAUGUGGUGGGACGCCUGCUUAGCAUGAUGGUUGCCGCCUCCUCUAUACCGCUCACAGUUAGUCAAAUUUCAUACACCCUCUAUGAGAUACCCACGGAUUUUUGGUGCCUGGAGCUGAAGCGUCUAAAUGAGAUCAUCUGUACAGAUAACUUCGCUUUGAGUGGCAAGGGUUUCUUCUUUCUUACUCGUCGCCGUAUAUUUGGGAUGGCUGGCACUUUGAUGAUCUACGAACUGGUGCUUAUUAAUCAAAUGGAGGGUGCUCAGUUGGAGAAAAACUUCUGCAUGAAAACGUGUUUGCGUCGCGGUGACAAGUGGGACUAUAUUCAUAACGGCUCCUUUCAGGAAGCUAUAAGGCCCGUACUAUUAAUAGCACAGAUAUUCGCACUGAUGCCCGUGCGUGGCAUUGCUUCGAAAUGCGCUGACGAUUUGAGAUUCUCGUGGUGGAGUUGGCGGACUGUUUAUGCGAUGAUUGUUAUAGUCUUCUUCGGCAUCACCUCUGGCUUCAUGGUUGCUUUUGUGACGAGUGUCAAAUUUGAUUUUGAUUCUGUGGAAACGCUAAUCUUCUAUGCCUCCAUAUUUUUCAUUUCGCUGGCCUUCUUUCAAUUGGCUCACAGGUGGCCUGCGGUGGUUGUGGAAUGGCAGGCGGUGGAGUCUCAAUUGCCGGAGCUACGUACGGAACGGGAACGGGGUGCUCUGGCGCAACAUAUUCGCAUGAUUACGCUGGUGGGCAUCAUGUGCUCGCUGGUGGAGCAUUUGCUGAGCAUGCUGGCGAGCAUUUAUUACGUUAACGCCUGUCCGGUUAUACCAAAUCAGCCGAUCGAGAGCUUUUUGUAUUUAAAUUUUGCACCAAUCUGGCAGUUUAUGGACUAUAACCAACUGAUGGGAAUAUUGGGCAAGGUGGUUAAUGUAUUGGCGACCUUUGCCUGGAGCUUUAACGAUAUUUUUGUCAUGGCUGUGAGUGUUUCGCUGGCAUCACGAUUUCGUCAACUCAAUGAUUACAUGCAGCAGGAGGCGAGGCAGCCCACCAAACAGGAAUAUUGGAUACAAUGCCGUAAAAACUUUCGGAAUUUGUGCAAAUUGUGCGAUGUGGUUGACGAUGCCAUAUCAACCAUCACUUUGCUGUGCUUUUCCAAUAAUCUGUACUUCAUCUGUGGCAAGAUUUUGAAGAGCUUGCAAAAGAAACCCUCGGCUUCACACACCCUUUAUUUCUGGUUCUCACUCACCUUCUUAUUGGGUCGCACCCUGAUACUCUCGCUUUAUAGCGCCAGCAUAAAUGAUGAGUCCAAACGGCCGCUGCUCAUCUUUCGAUGUGUUCCUAGAGAGUACUGGUGCAUGGAGCUCAAGCGUUUCUCUGAGGAAGUUCAUAUGGAUAUGGUGGCCCUCACUGGCAUGAAAUUCUUUCGCCUAACCCGUGGCGUGGUCAUAUCGGUGGCGGGCACCAUCGUGACAUACGAAUUAAUUUUGCUGCAGUUUAACAAAGCGGACAAAGUUAAUGAUUGCUAUGAAAAUUGA